GAAGCAAGACAAUGAUUUGACUCGUACCGUCAAAUUUUAUCAUUUAAUGAGCAAAUGUCGGUGAGCUUUCCACAGAUCACAGCAAAGCGUCAACCACGGUGGUGUAAUUCUAAAGCAAAAUAAUUCAAUUCAGAUCGAUUCGAUUUGUACAACAAACUCUCCAUUCCAUUUCUCAGCAUAUUCUUCGCAUCAACAGAAUCGCGGGAACUCAAUUCUGUAACAUCUCGCAUCUUCUAGGGUUUAUUUCGCACCUCAUUGCAUUGAUUCAACCGCUGCCAGUUGAAUUCCGGUGGCGACACCAUCAGAUCUAAGCCUAAUCUAUAAUAUCUUGUUUUCUCAGAUCAUAUAAUUCAGUCCUGACAUUUGGAGGAAGGAGAAAGUGAGUGAGGGAGGCUUUGGAUGAUGAAACAAGGCAUGAUAGAAUGCAGUGUCUGUCAUUCUAAGUUGGUGAAUCCAUCCGCAAAGACAGUCUCACGAGCUUAUGAUCGAGUGCACUCAAUGUUCUCUUGGUUGUUGGUGACUGCAUGUUAGUUGGCUUACAGCCGAUUUUGGUGUACAUGUCCAAGGUUGAUGGGAAGUUCAAUUUUAGCCCCAUCAGUGUUAACUUUCUGACAGAAGUUGCAAAGGUUGUCUUUGCACUUGUCAUGCUUCUAAUUCAGGCUAGAAAUCAGAAGAUUGGAGAGAAGCCACUUCUUUCUGUAUCCAGCUUUGUACAGGCAGCUCGCAACAAUGUGCUUCUUGCUGUUCCAGCAUUCCUCUAUGCUAUUAAUAACUACCUAAAGUUCACCAUGCAGCUUUAUUUUAAUCCUGCAACUGUAAAGAUGCUAAGCAAUUUGAAGGUCUUGGUAAUUGCAGUUCUCUUAAAAAUGGUGAUGAAGCGUAAAUUUUCAAUAAUUCAGUGGGAGGCUCUUGCUUUGUUGCUUAUUGGAAUCAGCAUAAAUCAAAUGCGUUCUUUACCUGAGGGCUCUACUGCAAUGGGUCUUCCAGUUGCAAUGGGUGCAUAUGUCUAUACAUUUAUCUUUGUAACUGUUCCAUCUAUGGCUUCAGUCUUCAAUGAAUAUGCACUCAAGAGUCAAUACGACACUAGCAUCUACAUGCAGAAUUUGUUUUUAUACGGAUAUGGUGCCAUUUUCAACUUCCUAGGCAUCCUUGGAACUGUCAUUAUUAAAGAAAACCCUUAUUUCCAUGGGAUUAUGUUUUUCAGGUCCUGA